UCCAAUAAAACUACAUUGCAAAAAAUGGGAAAGAAACAGAAUGGAAAGAGUAAAAAAGUUGAAGAGGCAGAGCCUGAAGAAUUUGUAGUGGAAAAAUUAUUGGACCAACAAGUAGUGAAUGGGAAGGUGGAAUAUUUCCUGAAGUGGAAGGAAUUCACAGAGGCUGACGAUACUUGGGAACCUGAAGAAAAUUUAAAUUGUCCAGAGUUAAUUGAAGCAUUUUUUAAUUCUCAAAAAGUUGGUAAAGAAAAAGAUAGUACAAAAAGAAAGUCUUUGACAGUGAAUCUGAUAAUAGCAAAUCAAAGAGAUGCUGCUGAUAAACCAAGAGGCUUUGUCAGAGGUCUUGAUCUUGAACAAAUAAUUGGUGCCACAGACGUCAGUGGAGAAUUCAUGUUUCUCAUGAAGUGGAAAGAUUCCAAUGAGGCAGAUUUUGUGCUUGCAAAAGAGACAAAUAUGAAGUGUCCUCAAAUUUUAAUUGCUUUUUAUGAAGAGAGACUACCUUGGCAUUCUUGUCCAGAAGAUGAAGCCCAAUAA